CGUGCCUCAAAAAUAAUGUCGUGUAUUACCAACAGUGACUGCUUGGAUCGAUAUCAAAGAAUGUAACGUAAAACUAUCUGUCAGUGCGUACAUCAAAUAUUUACCCAAGUGAAAAUGUUUAGUGAAGUGUAAUAAACGUGUCCAAUAUCCAAAAUACCACAAAAUUUCCAAAACUGCGCUAACAGACAUGUUUUUCUGUUAAAUGUGUGACAUACACGCAGGGGGCCCAUCUUCCAUGGUACUGGUGAAUGGUCUUGAUGAUGAAUGAUUCAAACGGAAAUCAAAACAAUUCCGAACAGAUCGCCAUGGUAGUGGGCUCCCCGGCGGUAAUGUCGGAAGACGAUGAUGACAACUGCCCUUCUUCUCCUGGAUCUGGUUAUGCAGAAGGUUCGGACCUUAUGGCGGCCGCUAUGGGGGACGAAGUUACUGCCCAACUUGCUGCUGCAGGUCCAGUAGGAGUAGCGGCAGCUGCUGCCAUCGUCUCAUCGAAAAAACGGAAAAGACCCCACUCCUUCGAAACAAACCCUUCUAUAAGAAAACGGCAACAAAACAGAUUGUUACGAAAAUUAAAACAAACCAUUGAUGAAUUUGCAACAAGAGUAGGACAACAAGCAGUUGUAUUAGUAGCGACUCCAGGCAAACCGAACACGAGUUACAAAGUAUUUGGCGCAAAACCACUGGAAGAUGUUAUAAAAAAUCUUAGAGGAAUGAUUAUGGAAGAAUUAGAAAAUGCACUCGCUCAUCAAGCGCCGCCGCCAAUUCAAGAAGAUCCAACACUCUUUGAAUUACCCCCUCUCAUAAUUGAUGGCAUUCCAACACCUGUCGAGAAAAUGACCCAGGCUCAACUUAGAGCAUUCAUUCCUUUGAUGCUGAAGUAUUCAACAGGAAGGGGUAAACCUGGAUGGGGAAGGGAAUCCACAAGACCACCAUGGUGGCCGAAGGAAUUGCCAUGGGCCAAUGUUAGGAUGGAUGCUCGUAGUGAAGACGAAAAACAGAAGAUAUCUUGGACACACGCAUUAAGGCAGAUAGUCAUCAAUUGUUAUAAAUUUCAUGGUAGAGAAGACCUUUUGCCUGCGUUUUCGGAAGAAGAUGAGAAGGCGAACGCAGCGGCUACAGCAAAUGCUAACAUUUCGACUCAAUAUACACCAACGGUACUUCACACGAUAACUAACCCGGAUGGAACCGUUAGCAUUGUUCAAGUAGACCCUAAUAAUCCAAUUAUCACAUUACCAGACGGCACUACUGCACAUGUACAAGGAAUGGCCACUCUGCAGUCAGGUCAAGGUGAGGGCAACCAAGUACACACCAUUCAGACUAUAUCCGAAGGUGGAACUCCAGGGGAAGUUGUCGAUCUAAAUUCGGUCACAGAGGCUACACUCAAUUCUGAAGGACAGAUUAUUUUAACCGCUGAAGAUGGACACGUUAGUGGAGUAAUCACUGUACCGGUAACAGCGUCCAUGUAUCAAACGAUGGUAGCAAAUAUCCAGCACCUCCAUACAAACAGUGACGGAACAGUAUGUGUAACGCCUGUUGUCCAAGUUCCAAAGGUUGAACCAAAUAACGGAGAUAAUAUGGACACAUUAACGGUAACCCCAAGUGGUAUAACUACUCAUUCUAUGAUGAUUCAAAGUUCUGGCAAUGAUGCGCCGCAGGUAUUACAGGUUCUUUCUUUGAAAGAUGCAACUGUUUUGACGAAAGCAAUGCAGGGAAUUGCAGAUGUUAAAACGGAAGAAACAAUUAUAAGUGACCAAUAGAAUUAAGCUAACACAUUACUGUUACAUGGAUGUUUCAAAGCUUUUUCAGAUUGGGCUGUUCCAUCUCGAACAAAAUGUUAAGUUGGUGCUGCAAAUUUGGGUUUAUUUUGAAAGAUGAAAGUUUGGGAAAGAUUUAAGAGGCACACACACAUACAGAUCGGAACUGUGCAAAUAUCGUCUUAGGGAUAAUUGUUUACAAAUGAACACAUAUACACAUUUGUUUCAUUAUUACCCGUUGGCAGUUAUUUUAAGACUCUUUUUCCACAUCAGUAUUGGAGUUUUCUGUAUCAAUAUUUACAAGCUGCCAAUCUGUACAGGCAAGCACGUUUUUUUUUUCACACUUUUGUUUUCUCAAACGUAACACAGUUACCUGUUGAUGUGAGUUGGGAAAUAAAACAAAUACAAGAAAAAGAAAAUUAUAUAUUGUAUAUACAAAAUCUUUAAUGUUAAUCGGGUAUGCAGUCAAAUUAAAAAUUAGCUGUAAACUGUUUUUUACUGCCCAAGCUUUCGGAAUAACUUAUCCCUUGUAGAUUUUCUUCUGAAGAAGGGAUGGAUAAGUUAUCCCGAAAGUUUGACCAAUAAAGAGUUUACAGCUAAUUUUUGUCUUUGACUGCAUACCCGAUUAACAUUAAAGAUUUUGUUUAUAUAUAUACAUAUAUAUAACAGCAGUGUAAUAGUCUCGGCAAGGAAAGAUUUUGUCGAUACAUUAAAUUUUUCAUAUUAAUUUGCUUGCUGUACUUUGCCGUGAUUUUAAAAUGACAUGAAUAAAUAUUUCCAUUUCUGACAUAGAAAAUGCUUUUAUUUCAACUUGAAAUGCAUAAAUUAAGUAAUUUGUUUAUAUUACGAUAACACUAAAUAAUCAAAUUAUACUUGCAAAUGACGUUAUAUUAAUUAUGAAACUUAUUUUAUAUGAUUCCCGUUGUCAAAUUCUUCAUUAAAAUAUUCGCGAUGCAGAAAUAUUAUUGUCUAUUAUUAGAUAUAGGAAAACAAAUUAUUAAACUGUUAUAAUUCAUUUAAGAAAUUUUUGAGGAUCGUUUAUUCCUUGAUGUUCUGACGGUUUAAUUUUUGCUUUAUUUUUUAAAUUCAUCUACGAGAGGAUAAAAUAAAAGAAACUAUUUAAAUUAGGUAAAGAACUGGUAUUUUGAAUAUAUCGGCUCACAUCAGCUACUUACAUUUUCCAAAAAUUGCUACAGUACCAACUGUCCCCGUAGGUGUGAUUUUAAAAAUAUGUAUAUGUCAUACUUAUUCUCACAGAGAAGUAGAUGCUGAAAAAAAAUCAGUAGGUAUUGGUUAGAAAUUGAGACAUUUGUUUUUUUAAUUGUCAUACUUAACAUAAACUAAGAUGGAAUACCUCGAUAUAAAAAAAAAUCAUUUUUCUGUUUCAAUUACAUUUUCUAUUUUAAUUAUUUGUUUUACUUGCACAUAUUUGUAUAUAUUUAUAGUGUAAAAUGGAGAAGAAAUUAUGUUAUAUCACAUUAAUUAUUAUAGAAAAAAUUAAUUAUUUAUUUUAUGAUAAUUAAUUCCUGAUGGAUUAUUAUUAUUAUUAUAUACUGGAUGGUGGAUAUUGUUUCCUGAUAUUUUUAGAACGUUCAGUACACCAAAAAAUAAUUACCAUUUUUUAUAAACGUUAUAUUUAUAUAUUUCGGCGAUUUUCUAAAUGUCUUGAAAUAUCUAAUUUGUAUCUUAAUUAUAGAUUUCGAACAUCAGGGCAGUAUUGUUCAAAUCCCACAUGUUGUGUAAAAGUGUAAUUUUAGGUGUGACUAUCACUAUUUCAUCCUCAACUUUUUUAAUUCUUAUCAUAUCCUAAUAGAUUUUAUAAAAAUAUUCAUCUCUUGAGUAUUAAUGAAAAAAGAUCCUCUUGUUUAUUUUGAUAUCUGGAUCGUUUUCCAGAAGAGCAAGUUUACAUAUGAGAGCGAAUUUGAAAUGUGUAAUAAUAAAUUUGCCAACUUGAAUUCAAGUUGACACAAUUGUGUACCAUUCAAAUCACAUAUUUUGAAUAGUUUCGUAAAACAAAUACUUUAGCCUAAAAGAAUUUAAAAUUUGCAUUAGACGGUGCAUUGUUAUGCUAUGCUAAAACUGUUGUUUUAAAACUUUUUCCUGAAAUUUCUCUUGUUUAUUUCCUUCAUCUCUCGUGCAUCCGAAUUUCUCAAAAACGGUUCGAUUUAUAUUCAUCGAUUUAAAUAGAAGUUCAUUUUCAGUCUAGAGAAUAAUAUUUUUUGAAAAUUUUCUGGGAUGGGGUAAUAAUGAAAUGUUGGGAGUGAAAUUGUGACUCCCUGAAACCAUGUGUGCAAUAUGCGCAUAAAUUAGUACUCUGAUGCUUUAGGUCUAUAUUUAAAAUAUUAAAAAGUAUCUCGAAAAACUUUUGAGGUAUCGUAAAAAAUAUAACUACCAUCCCAUUUUUUACGGGAGAAUGUUUAUAUAAAAAGGUGCCAUUAUUUUAUUUAUAUACUAUCCACCCUGAAAAUAUCAAGAUGUAAUUUUGGACUGUUCCGUAUUAUAAUAUCAAAUUUGUAAUUACAUGUAUAAAAUAACUAACUGUUUAGAAUUACAGUGUUUAAAAUAGAAUUUAAGGGAUAGUUACUUUCAUUGUGCCUGGAUAAGUGGAUGUAGUAGUACAUUUUAUUUUCUUUCUCAUUAUAUAACAUAUAAGUUAAAAAUUAAAAACUUGAUUUAUGUCAGAAAAGCACCCAUAUAUAUGAAAUGUAUUUAUCUAAUAUAUUUUUGGGGACCCAUUUCCUAAAUAUUGAAAUAAUUUCGCUUAAAGCACACUAAUUAGAUAACACACAUUUUAAAAAAUGUCUACAGCGAAAUAUUUUUUGAGUUAAUAUUAAAUGUAGACAAAUACAGUUUUUAAUAUUUAAAAGCUUUUGACACACCAAAGAUAAAUGACAUGUAUAAGAUAAUGAUUUUUAAAUUAAAAUUAUAUUAAUACACAAGUUGUCACUUUUCUGUUUUGGUAAUAAGCAUUCUGUUACCCAAUUAUUUAAUGAUAAAGUAAGUUUGAGAUGAUAAUUUUUAAUUCCCUAAAACCUUAAGUACUCAUAUGUUGAUAAUGGUGCAUACAUCUAAAAUUUAAAAACCACAAAGUGCAAAAAUUCUUUUGUUAUUAAAGAAUAGUUAUACUAGCAAAUUGUUUAAGCACUUGUGUCAAAAAGAUAAUUAGCCUUAACCGCUUAAACACAAGUGUUUCCAUUUAUUUAUAAAUUUUAUUAUGGAAUCCUUAUUUCUACAUUAUUACAUCUAUGAUAUUUUUUCUCUCAAUUUAUACUUUCAUUAUUGGUAUAUUUUGCAUAUUUUUUUUUUCUUACGUUGACCGUGAUAUUAUUUUUUCUGCUGAAGUGUACAUGCAAUGUACUAAAAGGGAAUUUAAAAACUCAUCUCUUUAGGUUCAAUAAUUUUUGAUUACAUACUUUCAAAACUUAAAUAUUCCAUAUUCCAAUUUAUUCUUCCAUUUUCUUUGGAGUGACUGUAUCUAUGUACAACUAGAAUCUAGUUUAUAUGGUAAUUUUGCUGUGCUAAUAUUUAGAACCACUUAUCUGGAAACAUGUUCUAGGGAUUUACAUAAACAAAGUGAAAAAUGCAGUUAUUUUAUUAAUUAAUAGAAGCAGAAUAUACAUAUAUAUUUUCCCAACUUAUAUAUAAUAUAUUUGUCAGGGAUUUUAUAGCGAAGCGUACUUACAGUCUUACAAUUUUUGUUAAUAUGUUUAUCUUUCUGCAGUGUCAAAAAUAAAGCAUAUACCCAAUUAUAUAUAUAUAUA